AUGGCCGAGGCCUCUGCUACCGCAGCGGCAGCGCCGCAGGCGUCGGCAGAACCCAUGACACACGCGGAAAAGAAUAUUCAGUUCAAACCUUGCAGGCCAGAGGAUCAGCAGCGCGGCGAGCGCUGGCUCCAAAAGUCGCUCAAAGCUCCCUUUGUCACCUUUAUGCUGGAUGCCCUCCGCACGGCUGGCUGCGAAAAGGAUGUCUCUAAAUACUUUGUACUCAACGAAUGCGCCAUGAGCGGAGCUUACGAUGCCGAACGGGAUGAGAUUGUUCUCUGUGCCAACAAUAUUUUUACUCCCGAGAACAUGACGCGUGUGGUGACGCACGAGCUCAUUCAUGCGUUUGAUGACUGUCGGGCCAAGGUGGACUUCCAGGACCCGCGCCACCUGGCCUGCACAGAGAUUCGUGCCGCCAGCUUGAGCGGUGACUGCUUCUUUGUGCAGGAAAAUUUCAAUCGGCUCAAGUUUGCCUGGAAGAAACAGCACCAGAAUUGUGUCAAGCGACGCGCCUCCAUGAGCGUGGCUAUGGUGUUGGGCCUGAGCCGAUCCGAGGCUGACGCCGUCAUCGAGGAUGUCUACGAUGUAUGCUUCAAGGACACGGCCCCAUUCGAGCGCAUUCCGUGA